AUGGUCAUGAUUUAUAAAGCGCCCACAGCAAGCCUCGUGCUGUUUUGUUUUCUUCUAUUCUUGAUACCCGAAACAACUGCAAUCAGCUCUGGUGAGGUACAUCAUCAUCCCGGGGCCGCUACGUCUAAGUUGAGAAGGAGAAGUGCUCCACUUUCAGAAACUUAUUCUGGUAAAGGCACGUACCAUCCCGACGAUUGGACAAGUGGAAACUGCGCUUUCAUAAAGUGGCCCCGACCUCAAGGCUUAGGUCCAGUGGCGAUUGCUUCGAACAUGUGGAAUUCGUCGCAAAGCUGUGGUGCUUGUCUUGAAAUCGAAGGACCUUCGGGUGGUAGAUUCACAGGAAUUGUGUCCAACCAAUGCCCUUCGUGCGAACAGAAUGGCCUUGACUUGGACGUCGGUAUAUGGAAUCAAGUGAGCGGCAAUCAAUCGCCAGGAAUCAUUUCACUCAAAUGGAAAAUUGUUCCUUGUGGAUUUUCGAAGCCAAUCAUUUUCAUGAACAAGUCUGGAGUGAGCCAAUAUUGGACAUCAAUCCAAGUCCAAGGUGCCAAUACUCCGUUAAAAUCUUUGGAAGUGUCGACAAAUGGGGGAAGUUCGUGGACUGCUCUGGAGCGACAAUCAAACUCUAAUUAUUUCCAACCGAAAGAUGGUAAAGGCUUAGGCACAACAGGGGAUAUCCGGGUCACCUGCUUAUCCGGCAAGCAAUUUGUAACAAAGAACGUAGACUUGGCGAACCCCGAAUCACCCAAGCCGGGAUCCGCAAACUGUUGA